GACUUGUUUUAUGUUUUAUUUCAUGCUUCUUCCCGGACUGACUUUUACAACUUGGAACUAGUAACAUGUUAGAUUUACUUCCCUGGUUUUACCCACUUGAUUAACUUUAGUCUUUGCAAGUCACUUGGACACGAAUAACCAGUUAUUCCGUAGCCAUAGCCUGUUUCUGUUGCCAAGCGCAGGUAUGACUAUGGCUGCUCAUAUUGUUAUCAUUGGAGCGGGCGUCACCGGCCUAACAGCCGCGACACGGCUCCAAGAAGCCGGACACGCCGUGACCAUCAUCGCGCGCGACUUCCCCGCGCCCUCAGAGACCAUCGAUCCAAAGGCACAGAUCAACUACACGUCGCCGUGGGGCGGCGCUCACAACCGCUGGGUCCCACCACCGGCGGCGGCAGCAGCUGGGCCGGGCGGCGGGGACGCCACGCUCGAGCGCGACCACGGCUUUGCGCUGCAGACGUUUGCGCACAUGGAAGGCGUGGCCGCGCGCCACCCCGAGGCGGGCGUCACGUUCCUCCCCGGGGUCGAGUACCUGGACGACCCCGGCAGGGCCGAGGGCGGCGGGGCCCUGACCGUCGCCAGGGCCGCGGAGCUGGGCAUCCGGGGGUUCGAGGUCCUGGACCGCUCCGAGCUGCCGGCCGGUGUCGCGUGGGGCUGCAGGUAUAGGACGUGGUGCGUCAGCCCCAUGGUCUACCUGCCGUUCCUGAUGCGGAGGAUCGUCCUGCGGGGCGGCAAGGUCGUCAGGAGGGAGCUGAGGGAUCCGCGCGAGGUGUGGGCCCUGAAGGGUGAGCUGGGGAGCGUCGACGCCGUCGUCAACUGCUCCGGGUAUGGCUUUGGCGACCCUGCUGUAUUUGUGACUAGGGGACAAACCUGCAUCGUUUCAAACCCGUGCCCGGCAACGGUCACCAGGCAAUGCGCAGACGGAUCAUGGACCUUUUGCGUGCCUCGCAGCUUCGACGGCGGCACCGUGAUCGGAGGUACUAAACAGCCCGACGACUGGGACCCGAACCCCUCGCCCGCCAUCAGGGCGGAGCUGCUAGCCAAGUUUGCGGCCACGUACCCCGAGAUAGGCGAGUUGAAGCCCAUUUUUGACAUCGUCGGGAGGAGGCCGACGAGGAAAGGCGGGGCACGGCUCGAGGUGGAAAAGGUUGGCCCGGGCGAGGUGUUGGUGCACGCUUAUGGUCUCGGCGGCAGAGGAUAUGAGCUCUCGUGGGGGGUCGGCGGGAGAGUCGUCGAGCUGGUCGACCAGGCGCUAGGGCAGCUUGGCAGAACACGAGCAAAGAUAUAG